AUGAUCCGGAUAAGUUUCUAUGAAAUGAUUCAUCCGCCGGUCGUAAUCACCGUGACGUAAAUUCGUUGGUUCAAAUCUGUGUACGUGUAAAAAUUAAAAUUGAAAAUAAAAGUAUUUUUGAACUUGCGAAUGAUCAUUUAAAGAAGAUCAUAAACGAUCACGACUUCCAUUAUUUUUCUUAAUGAUACAAUUUUGUUUCAAGAAUCUUUUAAAAUUGCAGUGAGCUUCUUCUAUGUCUUAGAUCCUCAUUUCAUCGAAACAAUUUCAGCAAAAUAAUUUAACCAAUUUUUAAAUUGUGCUCCAGAUCUUUCUCUCUCUUUUUUUCUUUUUCAAAUAAAUUUUGCUUUCAGAUUUCUGUAUUAAGAAAUUUACAUUCAAUUAUUCCACGUACUUGGAGGAAAAUUCCACUUAAAUUGAAAUGUAAUUUAUCUCUUUGCUCUAACAAACAAAGAUUUCGAAAACAUGCUUGGAACAGGUUUCUAUCGCUACAAAUGAUAAUUCGAUGAUGUAAGUAAUACGUAAUAUCAGUGUCCGUAUUAUGUAAUUCGUUUGCGUAUUUGAACAGGAUGACUCUAUCUUAUAGAAAGUAAAACAAGUCACAAACUUCAGUUUUAUGGGACGAUAAAAGUCGACACUGAAAUUGUAACACUCAGUAAAGAGUAAAGUAACAAAGUUUUCGCAGAAAAUUGUUCCAAAUGUAUCUCGUGAUUUCUACAUACACGGGAUGGGCCAAAAGUUUCUUCCCACACACAAAACAUCAAAACAUAAGAAAAAACUUUAAUUUUAUUAAUUUUAAAUUGAAUUUAAGUUCAAACAUUAUGUACUUUGUAAUCUGUAAAAAAAAAAGAUUUUUUUUAAAUAUAUAAUAAAGAGAUUACGAAUUUAUUUUAGUAGGAAGUGAUUUUUGGUCCACUUUUCAAAUCAGUAUAAAAGUACUAAGGAUUAAUGCAAUUUCACUAGUAGGUUCGUACGACGUUUGAUGUUUGUCGAAAUGGUAGCGAGCCGACACCAAAAACUUGAAUUCCAAUUAAUCCAAUUGUCCGUGAAUAAAUAACUUGGGAAAUAAUGACGUAGUGGUACGCCACCACGUGGCAAUAAAAGGAAAGAUAACCCACGCGGGGAGAGACACUGUCUAGCGCGUCUUUCGGGACUCGAUCUCUGUCUUCUAUUUCUUUGAUUUACUUCCUGACAAUCUUCAAGGCGUCGGAGAUGUAAAGAUUCUUCCCCGAGAUGUAAAGAUUCUUCCUUAUCUCUGCAAAAAUGUACAAAUCGAGGUGAAAUCUGUAUUUUGAGCACGAGUCUCUCUCUCUCUCUCUCUCUCUCCUUCCAAAGUUUAGCUUGAGAGUUGACAGUCAGUAACGAUCGUUACUUUUUGACCAAUUUAAUACAUCUGCGUACCUCUAUCGAUUCCAAAUGCAAUGGCCCGAACUUCGGCGCGGACGCGAACCUCUUUACACAGUGUACGUGGCUCUCCCGCGUGUUGCUAUACAUUUCUUCAUUAUAUAAUCAGUCGGUUGCAGUUAAAGGAUGACUCACUUAAAACGACGAACAGUUCGUUCUUUUAUGAUGUUUGAAAGUUGCUACACAAAUAGAGAGCUAUGUAUGCAUGUAUGUAUAUACUUCGCAGAUUCCCACCCGUGAAUCACUGGUACGUAGUAAUGCUUUGUUGUUUUCACUGUUAUUGUCGUGUAAUUUCGUAUCGAUCGGCGAAACACAAGCACGUGGUACGUUUGUCAAUUGUUGGCUAGAAUUCAGAGACAAACGGUCAUAUUGGCGAAGAAAAAUAUUUCAGCAAAAUUACCUGCCACGAAAGCACAAAUAAAUUAUCAAUUGAGUUUUCAAUGUUGCAACAUGAUUACACGCGAGCAUCUUGUGGAUAUAAUUUCACAAUCCCAUUUCAGAGAUCAUUCUCCACGCCUCUUUUAUCUUUACUGUUUUUUUACUCUGACUGAUUAAACGUUCGACGAAAAAGCAUAUACAUAUAUACAUAUAUAUAUAUAUACAUAUAUAUAAAAAGCAUGUACAUAUAUACAUACAUACAAUGUUUCAUACAUUUAAAAAUAAAAUGAUAAGAACGCGUUUUCAGUUAUAUAUUUAUUAAAAUCGAACGCUAUUCAAUCAUUUCCUUUUUGUUCAACUAUCUAUUUGUAUUCAUGAAUUAUUAAAAUAUUUACCAUCAAAAACGAAUGAAAAUUUCAAGUAGAGAGAAUCAUGCUUCAAGUGUUUGUUAAAAGUAUUCAGUACUUCACAGUUUUUUCUUAUCUCAACGUUGGAAAUAAAUGCAUUAAUAUCUGCAAGAUGCUUUCUAAGUUAGAUUAAAAAUUCAUAUGUGAUAAGUGUUUGGUCUUUGUCUCGUGAAAAAUCAUUGAAUUUAUAUUUUUAUUUCGCCAACACCCUGAUGCUGCCUGAUAAACUGUUUAAACGCAGAUCUGAAAGAGAAAUUAAAACUAACUCUUUAACACCAUUUUGAUGGUAAAUUUCAGAGCUACAUUAUCGACAAAUAAAUUUUCACUGACGCUAAUUUCCGAUUGCUUUACGUGUUAAAUACUCCGUCAAUCGAUUAAAUAUUUCAUUAAUCUAUUGCUUUAUACGUUAAAUACUUUGUUAAUCAAAUACCUCAAUUUUUAAUCAUCUGUAUAUUACCUGACUCAUUGACACGGAAAAACGCAUGUACACACGUUUAUUUACAUAACGGAUACUGUUUAUAAAGUUAACCUUCUGUAUUAACUGUAUUAAUAUUUAUCAAAAUUUCAUUAAGAUCUCAUGUUCAUCCGUCUAUGCAUACAUACGUGCCAAUUUACUGCUGUUAAUUUAUUUCGAUAUCGAAAAAAAAUUGAAAAUAAAUUUUUCGAUAAAUUUUCUUCACUAACCAAAAUUAUUAAACUUCCUCGUUUUUGUUCAUAAAUCCUACUCAUUUACGCACGUACUUUUAUCUAAUCUCAACUAAAUUCACGUUGAUCUUUUCAUUUGUUCAUACACUCGGCAUUUCCCAAUUUUACGUAUUGCCUCAUUCCCAGCUUUUGUCGAUAACAAUAUGUACGUUUUUUCGAGAGAUAUACGUUUAUUUCGUUCCGAGUUACUUGCACGCUUGAUAUUCCGUGAAUUUGAAUACUUCGCCAUUCAUUCUUUCAGUCUGCUGUUUCUUUUCUCUGCCUUUUCGUAACCGUUGAUUCCCUCACAUCUGUCAUCCAUCCCGUUGAUUUCUUCGAGACGAGAAAUAUGCGAAGUCAAGUCGACGUUUGUUCGAUAUUACAGGAUAUCGCGCGACAGAUGAAACAAAAAUCGACCACGCUCGAUGUCACAUAGACGAUGUUCCUGUAAUAAAAUGUGGCUCUAUCGACACGACGGAGUGGACUCACCUGAGACUGACUGAGGGGAGACCACGUUGCCCUUUUAAUCCAUCACCGAAACGAAGGAACACGACACUUCAGAAAAUGAAGACCGGCGCCGGGCGCUCAACGCAUACUGCGCUGAUUUGCGUGGGAGAGGAAAGGAUAAGAACAAUCGCAAGGAGAAGAGAAACCAGAAGACUCUACCGAAAGUAAGACUUUCUUCGGUCUAAAUCGUCGUCCACACCAGUUAACGGCACACGCGGGCUCGUCGUGGGUUUUACAUUGCACACGCACGGCUGGAGUUCGCCAAUCGGUCGUGUUCAAACGUGUCUAUCGCGCUGGCGAACCGCCUCUCACUUCCGUCUUUUUUCUCUUUCUCUCUUUUUCUCUCUAUUUUUCUCUCUUUUUUUUAAGAAAGAACCUCUCAAGAUGCGUUAUUACGACACAAUACGACACAAUGUGUCACGAGAACUGCAGUGCUCGAGACUGCUGAGGACUGA